AUGCAUCUUAAAUCAUGGGAAAAUGGAUAUGAGUAUUGCGAUUUAGAAGGACUAAAUUGUAUUGGUAAAAAUCUCAAACAAAUAUUAAAUGGACUUGCCUGUCCAUGUGAAUUGGGGUGUAUGAACACAGUUUACGAAGUAGAAAAACUUCAAGAUGCCCAGUCAGAUCAAAUUGACGAACCUUUAGAAAUUAGUUUCGUAUCAUGGCCAAUGGUGAGAUACAGAAGAGAAGUAUUAUUUGGCUGGGUAGAUUUGCUAGUUGCUUUUGGUGGCAUAGCAGGUCUAUUUUUAGGUUUCAGUUUGCUGAGUGGAGUGGAAAUUAUAUAUUACUUCACAUUAAGAGCAUGUUGCAUGGUAACAAAUAACCCUGAAGUGUUAGAAGAAUUAAGUCAAGAAUAUGAUCAGAAAGACAAACCAAUUAUAAAUUUAGGGUUAAAACCAUUAUGGUCAGAUAAAAAUAAGGAAACUCCAGCUGUAAUGAUUAAGAAUCACAGAAAAAAAGAGGCAUUUGCUUUACCUUUUUUGCCUUAA